AUGUCAAAACAAGUGCAAAGCCUCAUUCAUGAGCUCGUGAAUUUAAAAAAACAAUUUUUCGAAAGAAGGCAAGGUGAUGCACAACAGUUCCAAUAUGAACCUGCAGAUCUAGUCAUGUUUCUUUCGGAAUAUUUCAAAUCGAAAUAUACAGUUAAUAUUUCCACUCACAAGGAAUAUCCUAACCGUUUGAUUUGUUUGCACUACAAUCAGACAAGAGCGAAUUUUGAAAAUGCACUCACAAGAUUAUGUCGAGGCAUUAUUGUGGAUUUGGAGAUACUUGAAGACGAUGAAGAGAGAAAUGGCGUGAAAAUUGUACACAUGCCCUUUUCGAAAUUUUUCAAUUUUAAUGAAGAAUUGUCUUUGAAAUUUGAAACUCCACUCAUUGAAAAACACUUUACAGAAUCGAGUGUGAAAGUGUAUGAAAAACUUGAUGGUUCUAUUGUGAAUUUAUAUUACUUUGAUUCAAAAUGGAGAGUAGCGUCAUCAUCAACACCUGAUGGAAGUGCAAGAUUAGGAUUUUAUAGUGUGUCAUCGGAUAUGGAAAUUAAUAAUAGACAUCGAGAGAAAACUCAGACGUUUGAAUUUUCACAAUUAGUUUGGGAUACUUUUCAUAAAUUAAAUUAUUCAUUGCCAUCAGAGAAAUAUCAAGGAAAAUACUCAUUUACAUUUGAAUUGACCACCCCAAAACAUCUCCUUGUAGUUCAAUAUGAAUCGGAUGAUUUGGUGUUGCACGGAGUGAGAGACUUACAAACAUUUAAAGAAGAGGAUCCUGAACCUUUCGCAAAAGAGUUUAAUUGGAAAGUAGCAGCUUGUGUUAAAUCAAAAUAUGGACUCAAUAGUUUCAAAGAUGUUGAGAGAGUUGCAAAUGAUCGAAGCCCGUAUAAACAUGAAGGAUUUGUGGUGUGUUAUCAGUCUUACGAAGAGGAGUCUGAAAGUGGAGAUGUAUUAUUGAAUUUUAUAAGAGUCAAAGUGAAAAGCAAAGAAUAUGUGAAAUUAUCUCUUGCCAUGUUCGACUCGGUUGAAAAAAGAGAAAACUCAUUUAUUGAUAUUAUUAGAAAGAAUGAAUCGAGUGAAUUCUUGUCCUACUUUCCACAAUUCACAGAGAGUUUUGAGAUGUUGAAAAAUCAUUACACGAAAAUCGUGACACGUUUGAAUGAUAUUCAACAAAGAGUGAAAAUGAAUAUUCAUGAAUUAGUCUCAAAAGAAUCUCUUCAUUACGACUCCUUGAAGGAAUCAAAAAAACGAUCCAUCCACUCUCAAGCCAUUUCACAAGCCAAACAGAGACUUAAGCUCACAAAAACAGAAUGUGACAUGAUGUUCUCAAUAUUUAACAAUGGAGAUUCUAUUCAAGAUAUUUUGAAAAUAAUUCCUCUCAAACGAUACAAAACCCUUAAUACACAGAACAUAUCGAUCUCCUUUGUUGGUGAAUAG